AUGAACCUUGAGCCGCCCAAACCUGGGUUCAAGUCGGCCACCCGUGUCACCGGAGGCCCCUCCACCCCACGCAAGGGACCCCCUAAGUUCAAGCAGAGGCAGACCCGUCAGUUCAAGAGCAAGCCUCCCAAGAAGGGAAUCCAGGGAUUUGGUGAUGAUAUCCCAGGAAUGGAGGGCUUAGGCACUGACAUCACCGUCAUUUGCCCAUGGGAGGCCUUUAACCACCUGGAGCUGAAUGAGCUGGCCAAGUAUGGUAUCAUCUGA